AUGGGGAAUAAAGCCGUGCCAAGCAUAAAGUGGACCCGUGAGCGACAUAAACCAUUCAAGGGCUCAUCAAAAUCCAAAUCCUCAAAAAAAGGAAGAACAGCCAAAGAAUCUUGUCAAAAGCAUUCUGCAAAAGCAGAGCUAAGCAAAGUGGACCGCAAAAACGCCUCAAAGGUUGUCCAAAGACAUAAAAAAGAUGUACUUUUCAAGCAACGUCAGCUAAACUCGCUGGUCAAGCCCGUCAUUACCAUAUUGGCGAUUUCGGAAAAGAUCACUAUGCCUAUUUUGGAUCUUUUCGCUGCCAAAAUUAUUUUUUUCCCACAUGGCUCAUUCAUUCCCAGUAUUCUCGAUGCAGUGCAGGUAAGUGAUAUUCUUCUGCUUGCAACAAGCCCAACUGAUCCCUCAGAUGAAUGGUCAGAGGCUGUUCAGUUUUCGAUCCGUCUUCAGGGCAGCCCCUCUUCAGUGGCAAUCCUUGUUGCAGGUGAAGAUCUCAAUGUUGAUCCCACUCAAAUCAUCAGUGAAUGGGCUGCAUACUUAUCCGAUCGCUAUACUGGAUCUGUUUCGGAGCGGAAAAAAAAUGUAUUUAUCCUUCCCUCUCAGAAGCCUCAGUUGGAAGCUUUUGCUUUGAAUGCUGAACGAAGAGGCUUGUCUAGACCACAUAACAGAAAAAGGAAUCCACCCCCAUACCUUCUAAUUGAAUCUUCUCUCUUUGAUGCUGAAAAUCGAUCAAUGACCUUCAAUGGCAUUGUUAGAGGAACUCGAAGUUUCUCAGCCGACGAUGCCAUUGUCUUGCCUGGGAUUUCAUAUCCCUUUUCCAAGUGGAAAAUAUCGUCAAACUGCAUAGAUUCGGAUACUUUUUCCCUUUCUUCACGCGUCUUUGAAAGGUGCUCAUGCCAUGAAACUAUGCAAGAAGAGCAAACACUAUCCAUGCUUCCCCAUUCUAUUGGCAGCCCUGGGUUUUCCAAAUCAGUGUCAAGGAAGGAUAAAAGCGCUGGUGAGGGUAUUUCUGACUAUCAAUCUGCUUGGCUAUGUGAGGAUGAAGAAUCAUUCGAUAGCUGCGGCGAUGAUGAAAUGCAAAUCGAGCACGAGGAAAAACACAUCGAUCCUUCGUCAAACCAUAAUCAAAUGGAGGAUGAGAAGGAGAUCGAGGACCACUUUGAUGACGAAUCCAGCGAUAUUAUCACCGUUCCUCAAGAUAUUUUGGCAAAGGAUUUUCUUUCAGAAGGUAUAUCAGAAAAGCAAUCAAAGGUUAUCUUUUCCGUUAAACUUGCCUCCUCUACACCGCUGUCUAAUGUGGAUGGAAUUUUAUCCAAUUGCCUUAAUGUCCAAAUUGGGCCGUGGAAAUCCACAGUCAAAGCCAGCUAUACAACGGAGCAUAGGAGUUAUGCUGGAGGCCUUCCAUUUUCAUAUCAUCGUUUACUACGAUCCAUUCCAAAAUACCAGUCUUUCUUUGUCCACAUCGAAACCCCAGGCGCAGAAUCAGGUGUGCCUCUUGAUGUUUCGUCUUGUUAUCUACCUGUCAUCAUUUAUGGCGAAAAUGGACUGCCCAUCGCAACUGGAGAUAUUAUUUCAAAGUCUCGCAUUCCAAUCGCUUUACUUCAGCGAGUAACGCUAGUGGGAUAUCCGUAUAAGAUUCACCAAAAGUCAGCAGUAAUUCGCGGAAUGUUCCACUCGGCCGAGGAUGUCGAAUAUUUCUCUCCCAUAGAAAUCGUUGGAAAGGCAGACAAUCAAAAGGGGUACAUUAAGGAGUCUCUUGGCACCCAUGGUCUUAUGAAAGUGUCUUUCAAUCGUACAAUUGCUAGACAAGAGCCAGUAUUUAUGCAUGUUUACAAAAAAGUCGAAUAA